AUGAGAGCAAAGCAAAAAGCUUUAAACUUUCCACUAACAAACACUAAAGUUAGUUCACAAGUUGCUGAACCAAUUUUAGUGAAUCCUGGGGCCAAAUAUGACCAUGCAAGACAACGGGAGGCAACAGCACAUUGGGUUAUGAUGCAUGAACAUGCCUUUAGUGUUGUGGAGGAGAAGGGUUUUCUAUUUAUGAUGAGAUGCAACAAUCCCUCAUAUGAGAAGAUCAGCCGAAAAACCUUAAAAAAUGAUUGUGUUGCUGUAUAUGAUGUUGAGAAAAAGAAGUUGAAAUCAACAUUAAUGGCUAUGAGUAAAAUUAGCUUGACCACAGAUCUUUGGAAAUCUCAAAAUCAGAAAAUUGAAUAUAUGGUGCUUACAGGUCAUUAUAUUGAUACAGAGUGGCUCUUGCAAAAACGUAUCCUUAGCUUUGUGCAUGCUCCUCCACCUCAGCGUGGCAUUGAUAUUGGUGAUGCUAUUUUUAAAUGCCUUAAAGAGUGGGAAAUUGAAGGCAAAAUCUUUACUGUGUCAGUAGACAAUGCUUCCUAUAAUGAUUCAUGUUUGAGGGCUUUAAAAGAUGUGAUAUCUCGGCAUAGGAAGUUAGUUUAUGGUGGAAAUUUGUUUCAUGUGCGUUGUUGUGCACACAUCUUGAACUUGCUAGUUCAAGAUGGACUUGGGAGGAUUAUAGGCAUUAUUGAAAAUGUGCGUGAAAGUGUAAAGUUCAUCAACCAAUCUGAGGCAAGAUUACCCAUGUUCGCUGAAAUUGCUCAAAAUUUGCAACUUGGUGGGAGGAAAUUAAUUCUUGACUGCCCUACUCGUUGGAAUUCAACAUAUGAAAUGCUUUCAAUAGCAUUGCAAUUCAAAGAAGUAUUUCCACGAUUCCAAGACAGAGAACCUACUUACAGGUGGCUUCCAGAGCCAUAUGAAUGGGAAAAGGUUGAGAAAGUUACUAUGUUGCUAGAAGUGUUUAAUGUGGCCACACAUGUUAUUUGGGGAAGUGAAUAUCCAACUGCCAAUCUAUACCUUACAGAGGUAUUUAGGAUUAAGCAUGUCCUAGACAAAGUAAUUACGAAUAAUUGUCUUUUCAUGCAAGACAUGGCUUGGACAAUGAAAACUAAAUUUGACAAAUAUUGGAGUGAGUGCAACAUGGUUAUAGCACUUGCUAAUAUUUUGGACCCUAGGUGCAAGAUGAUGGGUGUUAGAAUGUGCUUCCCAAUGAUCUAUCCAAAAGAUGAAGCUGAAGAAAAUAUAAAAAAUGUACCAAAAGCCCUUAAUGAUAUAUAUGCAGAAUAUGUUAUUUUUUUAAGUGAGGAUGCAGAAAGAGAACAAUCUACAAAUAUUAAUGAGAGUCAUAGUAUUAUGACCUCAAUAUCUUCAAGCUCUACAGGGUGGUCAUUGUUGAUGGAUUUUGUAAAACAAACAAAGGCAAUUCCUCCUAUAAAAUCUGAAGUGGAAGUUUAUUUAGAUGAGCCUAUAUACAUUCCAAACAAUAGUUUACAUACUACCUUUUGUGCUUUAGAUUGGUGGAAGGUGAAUAAUUCAAAAUUUCGAGUGUUAUCUAGAAUGGCUGCAAAUGUUCUUGCUAUUCCAAUAUCAACAGUAGCUUCAAAAUCCACCGUUAGUGCUGGUGGAAGAAUCAUUGAUUCAUUUCGGGCUUCUUUGAAUCCAGAUACAGUUGAAGCCUUAAUUUGUGGAGGAGAUUGGCUUCGGGUUCUAUAUGGUAUUAGGAACAAACCUAAGGUGGAUCAAAAUCCAAAAGAAAUUGUAUUACCAAUCUGA